AGAGAGUGAUGCCGGUGCACCAAUGGGCCACACUAGUUCCAACAUUAUCAGAGGCUCUUUGCCCCAUUUGGUGAAUCCGCCCAUACUAGGAAAUGAGGGCUUCCUGUUGUUUUAUAGAGCCUUCCUGCAAAAAGGUUGAGAUAAGUAAUCCCUACCCACCAGGGGAGACGGACAGAGCAUAGUCAGGCAAAAUGACAGUCACCAGACUUGUGUUUUCUGGCUGUUUUGCGGCUCUUCUCAUCUGGGGAUGCACCACAGUGGUUUGUCUGGUUGAUGAAAAGGAAACAGUGCAACCGACCAUCACAGCAGUGUAUAACUCAACAGAGACGAUGAUUUCUGAUGUCACUGGACAGACUUCCUUGCCAUUCGCUUGUGGAGAUAAUUCUCACCAAUGUGUGCGUUUGUGCGGAUUAUGUCAUGAUCACAACAUCCCAACAAUGGAGUGCCUCCCCGCUCUGUAUCUCCAUCUAUGUCUGACCAAAUUUGAGGAUGCAAUGAAUUCACUGAACAGCAGCGAGUGGUGCAUUUGGGGUAAUGUGAACAGUUUGUAUAGCAACCUAAGCCAUUGCACAGAGGAGAUAUCCGACUGUCUCCUGAUCCCGUGGCCCAACCCUCUGGUGGAACAGACCUUUGUGGACAUUCACUCCAGGUUUUUCCAGGAUUGUCCCACAGAGGAACUAAGCGACCCGCCACCAGCCAUCAUCUUGGCCCUGGUGAUCACUCCCAUCUGUCUGAUCCCCGUCAUGGUUAGCCUGGUGGUGCUCAAGACCAAAAACGGGGAUGGCAGCUCCUGAUGAUCCAGAAUCUCUGCUCUAAGAUGGACCUUAUCUUCCUUCUCUCCUGGCCUGAGGACUGCUUGUUAACUCGUAGACCGCUGCUAUGCUUUAUAUCCCCACCAGUGACCUUGCAGAGGACUGGAUCUUUCUGGCAGGUUUACUUGCACUUCACAACUUGGAAGAAUUUUGAAUUGAAGAUUGAGAGAUAACACCAAUUUAGAGUUAAUGUUCUGUGACAUCACAAUUAUUGCUGUUCACUGACAAAUGUCUCGAUGUUAAUAGAAGCUCGACGUGACAAAAUCUAUGUCCUGUGUCCUGUACUAUACUGUAUCUUGACUAACUUUAGUCAAAAGACUGUGACAAAAGUUUUGUUUUCAACCACUUGACUGGACCAACGAUUAAACUAUUGUUCACAUCUAGUUUGCACACAAUAUGCAGAAAACAGAGCUUCGUUCAUACUGGAGAACCCAGUAUUCAGGGUUAUUAUGACAAAAGCUCUGGAGCUUGCAAAAAGUAAAGGCAAAAUACUGUAUAUUCAUGUUGACACUACACAUUAUGUAGGACACUGGCUGUGCCAAAAAAGACAAGGUAAUUUUUUAUUACUGAACUACUUUUUGUAUGCCGUUCUCUUUAUUUGCUGCUCAAACUUAACUAUGAAGGGAGACAACAUGCAAGCUCAACUGUUUGUAAGUCUGAGUUGGAUAAAAGUGCCCAUGUCCUCUAUGUGUGUGUAGGGAGGACAGGAAAACAAUUGAGUCUAAUGCAUGGAUCUGGUUAUGUGAGUCAUAGCGUAUGGAAAGUUUGGGGUCAGAGGUUACAGAUGGGACACAAUGAAUGGGUGCGCCCAGAAAAGGAGAGCUCCAGGUAUUCUCUAUUUUUGAAUAGGAAAUUUUCCAUCUGUCCAAACCCUCAUAUCGUCGCAUCAUCUUAUAACGAUAAGCUAACUGAAGGAAAGUAGACAGAAGACAUUUAAAUUGUCUGUGCAGCAUCGUGAUAAACACUGAGCAAUGACAAAAAAGAUGAGUGUUAUCUUUGGCCUGAAUCAUGCUAAUGUGGAUAUGUAUUGUUCAGUUUCGACGACAAAGCCGUUGUAAGUGCUUCUAGAUUGGGAACAAAAUGUGUAUUUAUAUACUUUGUUAUAUUUCUGCUAUUGUCAGGACUAUCGUACUGUACAGUCUGAGCAAAUACAUCCUGCCUGCUCUCACACCAUGUACUGUUUGCUUUUUUAUACACUUUUUUAUGAUUAUAUUUUAAACCAUUAAACCGACUGUUGGAUUGUU